UCUUGUGACGUUUUAUUCUUUUAAGAUGUGUAUUUUGAUUUUGGUCAACUAAUUUUUACAUCUUCGUCUUCGGGUACAUUUUUUCGUCUUCCCGGUACACCUCGAGAGAGCUUGCCACACCGCGUGAUUUCACAUCUGUCGAUUGAGAGAUGCGGCGAUUCUCUCGAAGACCACAACGACUCAACCGCGACCUAGACGCUCUUCGUCGAGAUAUUGACACGGAUGUGCACCUUAAACCCGCGGUAGAUCUACUGCAGGAUCUGCAGGUGGAUCUCGAGCAGGGUCUAUCGACAAGCGUCGCGAGAGAUCGCCUGCGAGAACAAGGGCCGAACGCGCUGACUCCGCCGAGGAAAACUUUAGAAAUUCUAAAAAUCCUGCAUCAUUGCUACAAUGAGUUCUCUUUGCUGACAUGGAUAGGCGCUGUUUUGUGCUUCGGCAAUUACUUCCUGGAGCGAGAAACUUACGGCGAGGCAUCCGAGGACGGUCUUUGGCUCGGGCUGGUCCUAAUCGUCCUGAUCCUGGUCACGGGCACGUUCAGCUAUUAUCAGGAUUCCAAGAGCUCGCGCAUCAUGGAAUCUUUCCAGCGGAUGCUACCGCAGCGAGCCAAGGUCCUGAGGGACGGCGAGAGAAAGGAGCUUCUGGUGACCGAAUUGGUCGUCGGGGACAUCGUCCUGCUGGAAACCGGCGACCGGGUGUCUGCUGACAUUAGGAUCCUGGAAUGUCAAGGCUUGAAGGUGGACAAUGCGUCCUUCACGGGCGAAUCAUCGAUACCGCUAAUACGAACGGCGAAUAUUCCGCAAACUGGGAGUGUCAUCGAGGCGAAGAACAUGGUGUUUUUCUCUACGAACAUCAUCGAAGGCACCGGGAAAGGCGUCGUGGUGGCCCGUGGCGACGAUACGGUGAUGGGCAGAGUAGCCAAGCUAACUUCGAGACUCUCGUUACGACCCACGCCACUUUCCCGCGAGAUCCGUCGCUUCAUGAAACUGAUCUCGUGCUGGGCGAUUUUCCUGGGCGUUCUCUUCCUCGUCAUGUCCAUCGCGAUGAAUUACAACUGGAUCGACUCGGUCAUGUUUCUCAUCGGUAUCAUCGUGGCGAACGUGCCGGAGGGCAUCUUCGCCACGGUGACAGUCAGCUUGACCCUGACCGCCAAGAGGAUGGCCAGCAAGAACUGUCUGGUGAAGAAUCUCGAGGCCAUUGAGACGCUCGGAUGUACCGCCGUUAUCUGCAGCGAUAAAACCGGCACUCUCACGCAGAAUGACAAGAUGACCGUGCGACACAUAUGGUACGACGCGGGCCAGUUGCGCGAAGUCAUGGCCUCGGACACAUGGAGGAAGUACAGCAACAGUCGGGGCUUCGAGAACCUGGCCAGAGUGGCAAGUCUGUGCAAUCGCGCCAAAUGGGCGCCGGUUCCAGAAGACAAACCCGCGUUACCGUUGAGAAAAAGGGAGGUAUUGGGAGACGCGUCGGACAGCGCUUUGCUGAGAUGCAUGGAGAUCCUGGUGAAGGGAGGAGCCGAUUUUUUCAGAAAGGACUACGUCAAGGCACUCGAGAUCCCCUUCAACUCGACGGAUAAGUUUCAAGCAAACGUGCACCUGUUUGAAGGCAGGUACCUCGUGUGCUUCAAGGGUGCUCCCGAGCGAGUUCUCGAGCGUUGCUCCACUGUGGUGGCGUCCGGCAACCGGACCGAGGAGCUGAACGAAGAGAUAAAGGCUGCAUACACCGAGUCUUGUCAUAUUCUGGCGAACAACGGAGAACGCGUCCUCGGCUUCGCCGACCUCGAACUCUCCACCUCGAUUUACCCCGUGGGUUACCGCUUCGAGGCAGAUCCCCCGAAUUUCCCUCUUGAAAACUCGAGGCUGGUCGGCCUGAUCGCCAUGAUGGACCCGCCACGACCGACAGUGCCAGACGCAGUGUACAAAUGCCGCUGCGCUGGCAUCAAGAUCAUUAUGGUAACUGGCGACCACCCGGACACCGCUAGAGCGAUCGGCAAAUAUGUCGGCAUCAUCAGCGACGAUGAUCAUAACGACGGUAUCGGGAGACACCACAUUGUGGUGACGGGCAACCAGUUACGGGAUCUGUCGCCUGAGCAGUUGGACAGGCUGAUUAAGCGGUACCAAGAAGUCGUGUUCGCUAGGACCUCACCGGUGCAGAAGCUGCAAAUCGUCGAGAGCUGCCAACGAUUGCACCUCAUCACCGCCGUCACCGGCGAUGGUGUCAAUGACUCGCCGGCCUUGAAAAGAGCUGACAUUGGCAUCGCCAUGGGCGUUACAGGGUCUGACGUGAGCAAGCAAGUGGCAGAUAUGAUAUUGCUCGAUGACAAUUUCGCGUCGAUAGUGACGGGCAUCGAGGAAGGCCGGCGGAUCUUCGAUAAUCUCAAGUCGAGCAUCGCAUACAUCUUAGCGAGUAACGUGCCGGAAAUCGCGCCUUUUUUGGCGUUCGUCGCGCUGGGAAUACCUCUUCCGGUCGGCGUGAUCUGCGUUCUGUGCAUCGACCUGGGAACGGACAUGUGGCCGGCCGUCUCGUUGGCUUACGAGAAGCCCGAGUCGGACGUUAUGUUAAGGAAGCCCAGGAUACCACAGAGAGAUCAUUUGGUCAGCCGACGGCUGAUCUUUAUGGCGUAUGGUCAGAUCGGUGUGAUCGAGGCCUGCGCAGGUUUCUUUGCGUACUUUAUCGUGAUGGCGGAACACGGCUUCCUGCCGGCACGAUUGCUAGGUCUCAGGUCAGAGUGGGACAGCGCGGCGAUAAAUGAUCUGAAAGAUAGCUUCGGUCAGGAGUGGACAUACGAGCAGCGCAAGAUCCUCGAGUACACCUGCCACACCGCCUUCUUUGUCAGCAUAGUCAUCGCUCAGUGGGCGGACGCGAUGGUCUGCAAAACUCGCCGAAAUUCGCUGUUGCGUCAAGGCAUGAGCAACUGGGUCUUGAACACGGGUUUAUUAUUUGAAAUCGGUGUGGCUUGCCUGGUGUCUUAUACUCCUCACAUGGAUCGUGUCCUGAAGACAUAUCCUCUGAAGCCGGAAUUGUGGCUGCCCGGAGUACCGUACGCUAUUCUUAUUCUGAUCUACGAAGAGUCCAGGAAAUGGUGGAUCAGACGUAAUCCGGCUGGCUGGUGGGACAGAGAGACUUUGUACUAGAUGAGACGAAAGUUAGGAGAAUAACCGCGCGA